AUGGCUUCUUCCACCUCCCGCAUUCAAGUCCAGACACGCAUCGUCCUCCAAGCGGCCUUCGACGGCGACCUCCGCAUCCUCAAGAAAAUGGCCGAACUAAUGGACUUGGGGAUAGCCGAGGACGAGGAAGGGGCUAACGCGCUGCAUCUCGCUGCACACAGUGGGUGCCUGGACUGCUGCAAGUUCCUGGUAGAGGAAGCUUGGAUUGAUGUCAAUUCAACGACGACGAAAGGUACGACACCGUUGGUUUGCGCUAUGUUUGAGGGGAAUGUCCAGGUUAUGAAGUACCUUCUCGAUCGUGGCGGUAACCCGAGAAGGAAGACUCCCGAAGGCUUAACGGUGCUGCACGCUGCAGCCGCGAGAGGGCUGUGCAAACCAUUAAAGCUAUUGCUAUCCGAAGGACAUCCUGCGGAUAUUAUGCUCGAGGAUCAUGGCGGGACGCCAUUGCAUGCGGCUGCUUCGGGGGGGCAGGAUGAGGCUAUGAAGAUUCUGCUGGAGCAUGGCGCUGAUCCCAACAGACUUAUGGAUCAGAACAUAUCUGCACUCAUGCUGGCAUGCUGUCACAAGUCCCUCAAAUGCAUGAAGCUGCUGAUUGAGGCUGGUGCUGAUGUCAACGGUUCUUACUGCGGACCAACUACUUUAACGCACGCAGUGAAAAAUGGCUUGACUGAUAUUGUCAAGUUCUUGCUGGAGGCUGGAGCUGACCCCAAUGAUCCUGGCGAGGAUGGGGAAAUUCCAAUCCAGUUAGCAGCAAGGCGUGGUGAUCGUGAUCUGGUUGAAGUUUUGUUUUCCAAGACAAAUCCAGUUCCAUCCCUGCCAUAUUGGAGUGUUGAUGGAAUAGUUAGAAUGAUGGAAUCUCCACUUAUAAAGCAUCAGGAUGCAGUUCCCGUGGGAGCAAGAAUAACUUAUUUGAAGUCACGAGGGAAGGACGCAUUCGCAAAGGAGGACUACCAUGCCGCUCUAUACUUCUUUGGACGGGUGACAGAGAUAAACCCCUUUGAUGCCACCAUGUUUUCCAACCGGUGCCUAUGCUGGCUGCGGAUGAGAGAAGGGGAGAGAGCUUUGUCAGACGCUCAACGUUGCAGACGGCUUAUGCCUGGUUGGUGCAAGGCAUGGUAUCUUGAGGGUACAGCUCUCAGCUUCAUGGAGGAUUACCAAGGAGCAGCUGAUGCAUUUAUGGAAGCACUGCGACUAGACCCUGAGAGCGAUGAGAUCAAGCGAGCUUUAGGGGAGGCCAUGGAGUCUAAGAGGAGCUCUAUUCGCUCUGAGGAUAUGGUGAAUUCUCUUAUGACGCCGAGAAAGCCUAGGAUGUCUGAGCACGCUGAUAGAGAGAGUGGUAUUUGA